GGCCUCGAAGAAGAGGGGACCUUUUGGCUUGUGGUUGCCCCUUUGCUGGCUGUGGGACCAUGGUGCUGUUCUGGGAGCCUGCAGGAGCUUGGCUGGCUCUGGCACUGGUGCUGGGAGCAACUGCAGGUACAGCAGCCCCACAGCAGGACUGCACAGGCGUUGAGUGCCUGCCACUGGAGAACUGCAUAGAGGAGGCACUAGAACCUGGCUCCUGCUGCGCCAAGUGCGUGCAGCAAGGCUGUGCCUGCGAGGGCUACCAGUACUAUGACUGCCUGCAAGGUGGCUUUGUGCGCGGCCGUGUGCCUGCUGGCCAGUCCUACCUUGUGGACUUUGGCAGCACCGAGUGUUCCUGCCCGCCAGGCGGCGGCAAGAUCAGCUGCCAGUUCAUGCUGUGCCCAGAGCUCCCACCCAACUGCAUCGAGGCUGUGGUAGCAGCUGACAGCUGCCCACAGUGUGGCCAGGUAGGCUGCCUCCACACUGGCCGGAAGUAUGCUGCUGGCCACACAGUCCACUUGCCGCCGUGCCAAGCCUGCCACUGUCCUGACACCGGUGGUGAGCUCAUCUGCUACCAGCUCCCUGGUUGCCACGGAGAGGCCGAGGCCAUGCCCACUAUCACCACUGGCAACUUCUCAGAUGCUGAGGAGGGUGACCCUGAGCGACACUAUGAAGACCCCUACAGCUAUGACCAGGAGGUGGCUGAAGCAGAAGUGGCAGUGGCCCUGGCAGGCGAGCUCCAGGCAGGCGCAAGUGGCCCAGCUGCUCUGGGAGGCGGGAGUCAGCCACUGUCUGCCAUCCAGGCCACUCCCUGGCUGGCUGCCCUCCCUAGGCCAACAGUGGCUGCUGCCUUGGGCCCGCCAGCCCCUGUGCAGGCCAAAGCUAGGAGAGUGACAGAGGACAGCCAGGAGGAAAAGGAAGAAGAGAGGGAGGAAAUAGCUGUCAGGGAGCAGCUGGCAUCAGCUGGCCUCAUGGGGCUUGGUGGGCCUCCCACUAUAGGCCCAGCCCGGCCCAGUCUCCCUGUCCAAGAGGAGGGGGAAGAUGCCAAGGCAGAUGCCAGAGCAGGGCCCGAAGAGAACCUCAUCCCGGAGGUCCAGGCCUCACCCCAAAGCACUGGGCAGCCUAGAGCUGGGCCCAUGCUGGGUUCAAGCACAGCCAGUGUCCUCCAGUCUCAGGCCACAUCAAGCUCUCCUGGAGACCCAAUGAAGCCCAGCACUCACACCAUCUUGACCACACCUCCCCAUGAUGCAGCCCGGGCCCUACCUACCCAGGAAGUACCCAAGCAGCCACCGGUUCUGCCCCAUCGGCCAGAGGAGGACACAGACCCUAACUCUGUCCAUUCUGUCCCCAGAGGUAAUCCUGAAGUCUCCACAAAGGACCUGAUCGAGACAUGCUGCGCAGCUGGACAGCAGUGGGCCAUUGACAAUGAUGAAUGCCUGGAAAUCCCUGAAAGCGGUGCUGAGGGCGACAUCUGCAGGACAGCCCAGAAGCACUGCUGCGUGUCCUACUUGAAGGAGAAGAGCUGCAUGGCUGGUGUCAUGGGGGCCAAGGAGGGCGAGGCCUGUGGGGUUGAGGACAUCGACAACUGUGGCAUUUCCCUGUACAAGCAAUGCUGUGACUGCUGUGGCCUGGGGCUCCGCGUGCGGGCCGAGGGCCAGUUGUGUGAAUCCAACCCCAACCUGGGCUACCCUUGCAACCACGUCAUGCUCUCCUGCUGUGAGGGCGAAGACCCCCUCAUUGUGCCCGAGAUCCGGCAGCCUCCAGAGCCUGAAACCAAACCACAGAAAGUUUCAGAGACACAGCUGGGGAGCCGGGAGGCCCUGUCACUGGGCAUGGAAGCCGAUCUGCCAAACAGCCUGCCUGGUGAUGACCAAGAUGAGUGCCUGCUCCUCCCAGGGGAGCUGUGCCAGCACCUCUGCAUCAACACUGUGGGCUCCUAUCGCUGUGCCUGCUUUCCUGGCUUCUCACUGCAGGAUGAUGGCCGCACCUGUCAACCAGAUGGUGGCUCCCCACAGCCAGAGGCUGCAGAGGAAUCUGCACCGAAGCCAGAAUCCUCCCAAGUGGCCCCCAACACCAUCCUGCUACCACUGCCGCAACCCAACACCUGCAAAGAUAAUGGGCCCUGCAAGCAGGUGUGCAGUGUCAUUGGGGACACAGCCAUGUGCUCCUGCUUUCCUGGCUAUGCCAUCAUGGCAGACGGCGUGUCCUGUGAAGACCGAGACGAGUGCCUGCUGGGUGCUCACGAUUGUAGCCGGCGACAGUUCUGUGUGAACACCCUGGGAUCCUUCUACUGUGUCAACCACACAGUGCUCUGUGCCCAGGGCUUUAUCCUCAACGUGCACAGGAAGUGCGUGGACAUCAAUGAAUGUGUGACAGACCAACACACGUGCAGCCGGGGUGAGCACUGUGUGAACACGGUGGGCUCCUUUCGUUGCUACAAGGCUCUCACCUGCCAGCCAGGCUACAUCCUCAAGGAUGAUGAGUGCACAGAUGUGGACGAGUGUGAACUGGGCACACAUAACUGCCAGGCAGGCUUCACAUGCCAGAAUACCAAGGGCUCCUUCUACUGCCAGGCACGGCAGCGCUGCAUGGAGGGCUUUCUGCAGGACCCCGAGGGCAACUGUGUAGAUAUCAAUGAGUGUACGUCGCUGUCUGAGCCAUGUCGGCCUGGCUUCAGCUGCAUCAACACAGUGGGCUCCUACACGUGCCAGAGGAACGCACUGCUCUGCGGGCGAGGCUACCACGCCAGCCAGGAUGGGACUAUGUGUGUGGAUGUGAAUGAAUGCGAGGCAGGCGUGCACCACUGUAGGGAGGGCCAAGUGUGCCACAACCUCCCUGGCUCCUACCGCUGUGACUGUAAAGCCGACGUGAAUGAAUGCUGGACCUCCCCUGGCCGCCUUUGCCAGCACACAUGCGAGAACACAGUCGGCUCCUACCGCUGUUCCUGUGCCUCUGGCUUCCGUCUGGCUGCUGAUGGCAAGCGCUGCGAAGAUGUGAAUGAGUGUGAGACCCAGCGCUGCAGCCAGGAAUGUGCCAACAUCUACGGCUCCUACCAGUGCUACUGCCGCCAAGGCUACCAGUUGACUGAAGAUGGGCAUACCUGCAUAGACAUCGACGAAUGUGCUCAGGGUGCCGGCAUCCUCUGUACCUUCCGCUGUGUCAACGUGCCGGGGAGUUACCAGUGUGCAUGCCCAGAGCGGGGCUACACCAUGACGGCCAAUGGAAGGUCCUGCAAGGACCUGGAUGAGUGUGCACUGGGCACGCACAACUGUUCCGAGGCUGAGACCUGCCAUAACAUCCAGGGCAGCUUCCGCUGCCUGCGCUUUGAGUGUCCUCCUAACUACAUCCGAGUCUCUGAAACGAAGUGUGAGCGCACCACAUGCCAUGACUACUUGGAGUGCCAGAAUUCACCGGCGCGCAUCACUUACUAUCAGCUCAGCUUUCAGACCGGCCUCUUGGUACCAGCACACAUCUUCCGCAUCAGCCCAGUGCCCGCCUUUGCGGGGGACACUAUUGCCCUGACCAUCACCAAGGGCAAUGAGGAGGGCUACUUUGGCACGCGUCGGCUUAACGCCUACACGGGCGUCGUCUACCUGCAGCGGCUGGUGCGUGAGCCCCGGGACUUUGCCCUGGAUGUGGAGAUGAAGCUCUUACGGCAGGGCUCUGUCACCACCUUCCUGGUCAAGAUGCACAUCUUCUUCACCACCUUUGCCCUGUGAGGCAUCCACUCGAGUGCCCUGCGGGGGCCCCAGGACCCAGGGUCCUUGGGCUGGCCUCUUCACCACCCUCUGCACCUGCUACUAGUGCACCACUUUCUGUAGGCACUCAGCACCGCAUGGGUGGAGCCAGGUUAUUGUGAUGGUUUUUACUAUAACUCUGUAAAUUAACUUAAUUUUGCUGACUUGACUUCUCUCUGGUUCCUGGGCCUCUCCUAUGCCUCACCCCAUGGGGGGGAGCUUGGCAGCAGAAGGUGUGUGGAAGCUUUGAGAGCAGUUCAGGGUCACUGCCAGUGCCUUGUGGGUAGAGUUGGAGGACCAAAGGCUGGAUGAUGACCACAGACUGGAAGCACAGCGACCAUGUUGGGGCUUUUGGACUCAACUGGAUGACCUGUCCCCAAAAUUGAUAUUCCAUUUCACGUGCCACUGUGAUUAGUUCUUUACUUAAAAAAAAAAAUCAUUUUAAAUGUUGUUUAAUUAUAAAAGUAGUACAUGUAUAUUGCAAAAAAGAAAAAAAAAUCAAAUAGUACAGAAUGGUUAUAAACUGAAAAAGUAAGAAAAGAAAAACUCCCUUACUUUUCGUUAAGUAUUUGGAUUUGAUGAUGGUACCUGAAUGUCCCGAGUUCCCCAGCCUAGAGUUUGGUUCAUUUUGUUGAUUUUGACCUUCCUUGAUGUCUUACUCACGGAAUUCGCCCCAAACCAGGAGUUUCCCUUGGCAGUGAAAGGAUCACAGUAUAAACAGAUGCUGGCCUGUGA